AUGAAUGACAUCAAGACUAACCGAGAACUAUACCAGCAAUACGCCACCACGGCCCCCAAGCUGCUGGCCCGCAUCUCCAGGCUGCUCAUCGUCUGCCAGAGCGCAGGCAUUUCUGUACCCAAUGGCAUCAGAAACAUCUUUGAGUUCACCUGGGAGGAGCUGAUCACUGACCGCAUGAUCCCUACCCCUUCUGAGAUCCUGGGCCUGGAGAUCAGCAUUGGAGCCCCGCCCGUGGUGCUUAUGGAACCGGCCCCUGUGCAGGCCCCUGUCCAGAACAAGCCACCCCCGCCAGCGCUACCACUGCCGAUGCUGCCCACUUCCACUGGGCCGGCCAAAUUCUCCACGCAUUCUCCCACCCACGGCCAACGGGGGCCAUCCAGCCAGGAGACCCUGCACAGGUUCCAGAGGCAGUCUAUCCACCUGCUGACCGAGCUCCUCACCCUGAAGAUGAAGGCCAUGCUGGAGUCCGUGUCCAUAGGUGCCAACCCCCUGGACAUUACAAGGCGCUUCGUGGAGGCCAGCCAGCUCCUCCACCUCAGAGCCAAGGAGAUGGCUCUCGAAUACCUCAUCGGCACCAUUGGGAGAAGUGCUUGCAGUGUCGGACAGAUGGGGAAAGAUUCCUCCAGAAACAUCCCAGCCAUGGGAGUGAACUCACCUUACCAGCCUGUCUACGAGUCCUCUACUGGCUGUCUGAGCUUUUCCCUCUCAACCGCAAGGGAAGUCAAGAAGAAAACAGGCAAACCCAAAAAUUUGGAAGAAGUAAUCUUGACAUCCCCACAACGAGGAGCAGGAACCUCUGCCUCUGAGGUUUUCGAGUUCAGCGACCCCUGCCCUGAAGCCCAGGAGAAGCUGCAGGAGAUGUGUCGCCUUAUAGAAGCCGAAAGGGUCUCUUGGAAAAGGAGGAAUAUCUUCUACCCCAUGAUCUUACACAACUACAGGGCAAAGAUGCCCCCUCAUCUAAUGUCGACCCCCAAAGGGGACGCUCAGACCCCAUGCUCCCACCAUCCGCACCCUCCAGGUGCUCAGACUUCCACUCCCACCCCUCACCAACCUCCUGCCCAUCAUCUUCACUUGGACCGGCCUUCUCAGGAAUGGAAGGCACCCAAGAAGGCCAUCAAGUUGCAUUACACCUUCUAUGAUGGGUCCUCCUUCAUUUACUAUCCCUCUGGAAACAUCGCCGUGUGUCAGAUCCCCACGUGCUGCAGAGGGAGAGCCAUCACCUGCCUCUUUAAUGACACACCCAGCUUCUCCUUCCUGGCCAUGUUCAAUGCUGAAGGCCAGGGCUGCGUUCACUACAACCUGAAGGCCCGCUGCCCAUACGUCUUGGUGUUGGAUGAGGAAGGUGGGACCACCAAUGACUACAAGGGCUGUGUAGUCCACAAGUGGAGCUGGAUCUCCAAGACGGAGACUUUGCUCUCUCUGGAAUACAAGGUGAAUGAGCAAAUGAAGCUGACCUUGCUAGGGCAGGAUUCUAUCAUGGUCACCUUUACCUCCCUGAAUGAGACCGUAACACUCCCCGUAUCGGCCAACAGCUGUCCCCAUGGACGGCUCCUGGCGGGGCAGGUGACAAUGCCCUUCCCCUCGGCCUUUCCCCAGAUGACCCGCAGAAUCAGCAGCAUGGAUGAAAAGAUGUCUAAGAUGAGUUGGGCCCUGGCAGAGAUCAAGAGGCGGUUUCAGAAGACGGUGUCCCAGUUCAUGAACUCUGUCCUGCUGGCGGCAGGCUUGUUCACCACAGAAUAUCCAGUAAAGGAAGAGGCAGAAAUCAUUCGGACCAGAUUAAGGUCCAGGCCCUAUCCUGAGCACGCCACCAAGCUGAGUUUAUACUCAGGAGAAAUCCUUUCAUUACGAUCUCAGUCAGCCCGACCCGAAUCCUCAAUUGGAGAGUCUUCGAAGGAGGAGCCUGUGUUGGCUCCUGUGAGCACCACUCGGAAGAAGCCCAUCAAGGUCCAGGCCAAGGCCACGGUCACACCCAGGUGGGCUUGGGCCUUCAUUUCUUCCAGCUUCUGUGUGUCAGAUGCUGAGGCCCUACAGCAAAGGGCCACCAUCUCCACCACAUCCAUCAAAUCCAUAACCUCCAUCCACCUCGUCCUCCACCACCUCCGACUACAUCACGCUUUCCACCUUAACCGUGAUGUUCACACCUACUUCUAUCCUGUCACCACCUCGCCCUCGCCCUCAUCCUUCGCCUCCAACACGACCUUUCCUACCUCCGCCAUCACCUCCAUCAUCUUCUCCACCGCCUCCACGCAGGGAUCCAUAAAGUUUAUGAAGGGCCUAACUCCCCGAGUCCCCACGGCCAUGGCCCCUUUAAAUGUGUGCGGGGACGCCUCGCCCCUCGGCUCCCUCGAUCCCUGA